AUGAUCUGUACUUUAGAUGGAGUCCGAAAAAUCUCAAAGGAAGCAGAAAGUCUCACAGGCCAAGAGCUUGCUGACUAUGUCAACCAGAACCAAAAGCUCUUCAAGGCUGCUCCAUCGAAGCUGAGCAUGGAGAAAAUGAAAGCGAAACUUAUGGACGUCAAGUACGUCAUGGAGUCCGCUGAAGAAGCUGAGGAGCUCAUCAUUGAUGCUGAAAUUCCAGAAAGUUGUGAAGGAGGAUAUCCCAUCGAGGCGUGGAGAUACUGGGUUAAGACUGGAAUCUGCACUGGAGGAUCUUACGAAUCACAGUCUGGAUGCAAGCCCUACCCAAUUCCUCCAUGUGGUCACCAUCCAAAUCAGACCUACUACGGACCUUGCCCUACCAACGAGUAUGACACCCCUGUGUGCACCAACAAGUGCAUCGCUGGAUAUAAGACGCCCUACGCUGAUGACAAGCAUUACGGCACAUCUGCCUAUAAUGUGGCCAAGACUGUCGCCGGUAUCCAGAAGGAAAUCAUGACCAAUGGACCCGUUGAGGCUGCCUAUACCGUUUACGAGGAUUUCUACCAGUACACUGGUGGAGUAUACACGCACACUGGUGGGGCCGAGGUUGGUGGACAUGCAGUGAGAAUCCUUGGAUGGGGUGUCGACAACAAGACUCCAUACUGGCUCGUCGCCAACUCCUGGAACACCGACUGGGGAGAGAACGGCUAUUUCCGUAUCCUCCGAGGAGUCAACGAAUGUGGAAUUGAACACGCCAUCGUCGCUGGUCUGCCAAAAGUCUAA